ACUAAGACGAAGGUGAAGCAUAGUGUGUUUAGUUAAAGAAGCGCGCCAAUAUCUCAAACCCGUCUCUUCUACGUAACUUUCGCAUUCUCUCUCUCUCUCUCACACACAACUGCUCAUUGCAAUCAUUCUCAGAAAUUCAUCACACCCUUCUUCAUGCUAAUUUCAGAGUUUCUUUCAGAUGGAAUGGCAGAUCCAGCUAGUUAUGGGAAUUAUGACCGUGAUAUUGAGCAAGCACUAAUUAUUUUAAAAAAGGGCAGCCAAUUAGUAAAGUAUUGUCGAAAAGGGAAGCCAAAAGUUGUUCCAUUUAGGCUCUCAGCAGAUGAAACAAAGCUGAUUUGGCUUUCUCAUGGAAAGGAAAAGAGUCUAAAGUUAUCUUCUGUUUCACGCAUCGUCCCUGGACAGAGAACAGCUGUCUUUAGAAGAUAUUUGCGCCCUGAAAAGGACUACCUGUCAUUUUCACUUAUUUACAAAAAAGGGGAACGAUCACUUGAUUUGAUCUGCAAGGACAAAGCUGAGGUGGAGGUAUGGUUUGCGGGCCUUAACGCAUUAAUAUCUUCUGGACAUAAUAGUAAGCGCCCUAGAAGUGAGUUUACAGAUGAUUGUUCUGACUUUGCUCAUAAUGAACGUCCUUUUGGAGUGGCAUUAGAGUUUGCUUCAACCAUCGCCCGUGGCAGGUUUUCUGUGGAUUCAUCUUCUCAUGAGUCUUCAUUGGAUUCAGCUGGAUCAGAUGUGGCACCAGAAGCUUCAAAUAUGCCACUGAGGACAAGUGGAGGAGAUGGUUCUUCUCGUAUCAGUGUGUCAAGUGUUGGCUGUGCAAGUAGUGUAUUGUCCGGACAAGACGACAUAGAAUCUCUCGGAGAUGUCUUCAUAUGGGGAAGAAUUUGGGCACAUGGAGCCUCACACGAUGGGUUUGGGAGUCAGGUCCUUUCGACAAAGAAUGUGCUAACUCCUAAGUCAUUAGAGUCUAAUAUUGUUAUUGAUGUCCAUCAGAUCGGGUGUGGUGUACAUCACAUUGCUCUCAUUACAAGGCAAGGAGAGGUGUUUACAUGGGGAGAUGACUCUGGAGGGAGACUUGGUCAUGGGCUUCAUAAAAAUCGUGGGAGACUGCAACUCGUGGAGUCUUUAGCUGUUACUAGUGUAGGUUUUGUUGCAUGUGGUGAAUACCAUACUUGUGCUCUGUCUACACAUGGUGAUAUAUUUACUUGGGGUGAUGACAUACAUAAUGCAGGACUUCUUGGGCAUGGCACUGAAGUGAGCCAUUGGAUACCAAAGAAGAUUGGAGGACCUUUAGAUGGACUUCUCGUUGUAUCUGUAGCAUGUGGCACAUGGCAUUCAGCAUUGGUUACCUCCAUUGGAAAACUGUUUACCUUUGGUGAUGGAAAAUUCGGUGUCUUGGGCCAUGGAGAUCGAGAUAGUGUAUCAUAUCCGAAGGAGGUGCGCCUAAUGUGUGGACAAAGGGCAAUCAAAGUUGCAUGUGGAGUAUGGCACACUGCAGCAAUUAUAGAGGUUGUUGAUCAUUGUGGUACAAAUGCAUCUUCAUCUAGGAAGCUUUUCACAUGGGGCGAUGGCGACCAAUAUCGUCUUGGCCAUGCUAGCAAGGAUACCUAUCUUCAACCAACUUGUGUCUCUGCACUGAGUGACUAUAGUUUUCAUCAGGUAGCAUGUGGGACCACUAUGACUGUUGCCCUCACUGCCUCUGGUCAGGUCUUUACUAUGGGAGAAACUAAAUAUGGUCAACUAGGAAAUCCAAUGUCCAAUGGAAGAACACCAAGUCUGGUCAAAGAUAAUUUAGUAGGCGAGGUUGUAGAGGAAAUAUCAUGUGGUUCACAUCAUGUUGCUGUGGUGACUUCAAAAGGUGAACUAUAUACAUGGGGCAGAGGUGCCAAUGGAAGAUUGGGACAUGGAGACACAGAUGACCAUAACACACCAAUUUUGGUUGAAGCUUUUAGAGACAGACACGUAAAGCAUGUUUCGUGUGGUUCAAGCUUUACAUUUUGUGUAUGCAUACAUAAGUGGAUUUCUGGAGCUGACCAAUCACUUUGCUCUGGUUGCCGGCAACCAUUUGGUUUUACAAGAAAAAGGCAUAAUUGUUAUAAUUGUGGAUUGGUGUAUUGCCAUCCUUGUAGCUCCAAAAAGUCAAUAAGAGCAGCAUUGGCUCCAACACCUAGCAAACCACAUCGUGUGUGUGAUUCUUGUUAUUCCAAGCUUAAAGUUCAUGAGACUAGCAGUGCUUCUUCCACUUAUAAUAAGGAUGUUACUCGUGCUCAUAGAAAGGAAAGAUUUGAUACAAGAGAGGCAAAGAAUGCGAAAAUUCUCUCAUCUCGCAGCACCGAUCCUGUAAAAUACUUUGAGACAUUGACGGGUAAGAAUAUAACUUUGCAUGACUUUUCUUCCACAGUCCGAGUUGCUCAAGCUCCUUUGCGUAUUCCAAUGGAUGAUGUGUUUCCAAGUUCAUCUAGUGUCAUGCAGAAUGCUUCUGUUCCCAUUACACAAUCAAGUCAACCUCCAACUCCACCUACACCAAGUAAUUUAAGACCUCCAUCACCGUAUGCAAGGAGACCAAGUCCACCACGUUCUACUUCCCCCGGAUUUUCAAGAAGCCUCAUUGAUAGUUUAAAGAAGACAAAUGAUCUUUUGAAUCAAGAAGUCUCUAAAUUAAAAAACCAAAAUCAAAAUUUGAAGCAGAAGAGUGACAUGCAAGAUAUCAAGAUUCGGGAACUUGAGAAAAAGAUUGAGGAAUCUACCUCAUUGAUUAAAGAGGAAUCAUCUAAGCAUAGAAUACUGAAGGAAUAUCUCCAGUGCAUGACAGAUCAGUUGAGGGAAGUGACUGAGAACUUGCCACCAGUUCCUGACUAUGAAUCUUUAAUAACCUUGCAUACUCAUGCUGAGACAUUUCUUAAAGAAAAUAUGGAAUUCAAAUCCUUAUUUGCAUCAACGUUGGAAUCAAAGUCACAAAGUGCAAAUGAUAUACAUGGCGCAGACAAUGACUCUCGUAAACAGCCAGAACAAAAAAUGGAAGAAACCGUUGAUGCUGCUGAAGCUGGUUCAUCUAUGAAUGGAGGAAAUGCUCUUCAAGAAAGCAAUGAGUCAUCUUUGUUGAGUCCAAAUAAGCCAAGAUCAUCUAAUCCUCACAGACCCGGGAAUGAGAAACAAGAAGAAAUAGUGACCAUCGAACAAUUUGAACGUGGUGUUUAUGUAACAUUUGUAGAAUUACCUUCUGGUGGAAAAGUUUUUAAACGAAUUAGAUUCAGUAAGCGCAAAUUUGACGAGACUCAAGCAGCAGAAUGGUGGAACCAAAACAAAGAUAGGGUGCUUAUGAAAUAUAGUCCAGAAUCUGUACAGGAUGCAGCUACUGGCUCAUCUAUUAGCCCUACCAGAAGUUGAAUUCAUGUUGAGGCAUAACCUUCCUCUUAGGGUGUGUAGUUGGGGGCAAAAAAAUGGGGCAUAUGAAGUUCUUCCAUAGAAUUUUCACCCCAAUGAUAUAGAUUAGAAGCAUAAUCAAUUUACCAAGUGUAUAGAUCAGUAUUAGGAAAAGUAGUUCAAAAUUACAAUACUCUGGAUAUGACCUGUAACAGAGGAUAGAAUGGUAGGAAUAACAAAAAGGUUUAGUUAUAGCAAGAUUUUGAUGUUAACUUGCUUUAGAUUAUGGAGCUCUGAUAAGUUUUUUUUUUUUUUUCUUUCUUUUUGAGCCAUCACAUGAGACAGCUCUUAAUUUUGGUAUUGUACAUCUCUACAUGUGUAACUUUAACUCCUUUAACAUGUCUAGAGAAGCAAGAAAUGCAUGAAUGACGGAUAAUGUUACAAGCUCA